GUGAAGCGACGUCAUAACUUAAUGCGGCUUCUCCGGUGUAAAGGCUUAUCAAAAUGACGUCAUUGCUGAAAAUGAUGUCGUUUCGUAGUCUCUUUAUGUUUGAAAUAGUUUGACAUGGUUCACAUUUUGUACAGCGUAUAGGUUGUUAGCUCACUAAAUUAACAGAGUGCCUGGUACCCAUGUGCACUUCAAGGGCUCAACUGUAUCAUGGCAGACCUUGAAAACACUCCCGCAUUACCUGAUACUCAAAAGGAAAACGUGGAUUCUAAAAAGGAAAACAUGGUAGACCUUGGAAACACUCCCGCAUUACCUGACACUCAAAAGGAAAACAUGGAUUCUAAAAAGUCGCCUGCUACGAGGAAAGUUUUAAUUAUUGUUUCACUUGUUGGCAUAGUGAUUGGAUUUGCUGUGGGCAUUGUUAUUGGCACAUUCGCAAUCAGUCCUGUCGAUUCGACAAAUGGUGUGUUUCUGCCGGGAAUAUCCGAUCGUCUUAUAACGGACGGCGACCCUGCGAUCUCAGACGUAUUGAUUAACGAGGUUAAAAACACCAACAUAGAACAGUAUCUUAGAGAACUGUCCUCGAGACCUCAUUUAGUAGGAACACCAGUCGACCUUCAACAGGCUGAAGACCUGAAGCAGUUCUGGCUGGAUGCUGGUGUUGAUGACGUCAGACUCGCUUCAUAUGACGUGUUGCUCUCAGCGCCUGACCCGAACCAUCCUAACUUCAUUCGUUUGCUGGACGGACAGGACAAGAUGGUGUACGAGUCUCCAGCGAAAGAAGCCAACUUAACGGGCGAGGACCAUCCAGACGUUGUGCCUCCUUUCAACGCUUACUCUCGUCCUGGGAAAAUCACAAACAAUCAUCUUGUGUACGUCAACUACGGUCGUGUUGAGGACUAUAACUUCCUGGAAAAGAGCACGUCACUGACAGCCAAAGAAAAGAUUGUUAUCGUGCGGUAUGGGAAAAUCUUCAGAGGAAGCAAAGUGCAGAUAGCAGAGAGGCACGGCGCUUUGGGAAUCAUAAUUUUCUCAGACCCUGCUGAUUAUACGUGGCCAGCCGAGGACACCCGAGUUUAUCCUCAAACAUGGUGGCUGCCUCCAUCCGGGGCUCAGUCUGGAGCUACUUUUGUUGGAAGUGGUGAUCCUCUUACUCCAAAUUACCCAGCUUUAGACACUGCAUAUAGAUACAACAAAGGAACAGUUGAACCUCCGCUUCCCAAAAUACCCGUCCAUCCAAUUGGAUACGGUAUAGCAGAAAAGCUGUUAAGAGAGAUGGCUGAUCAAGAAGUACCUCCAGACUGGAGAGGUGGAAUUAACAUCACUUACAGAUUUGGGUCAAAAUUUAAAAAUCAAGCAUGGAAGAUAGAGAUGGACAUUUCUACGAAUGAUGUGAUGAGGAAAGUGGUCAAUGUCAUAGGAAUAAUUAGGGGAGCAGUAGAACCAGAAACUGACACUCCACAAAAUGCAACGCACAGUCAGAGUACACUGACAGUGCUCACGCUGAGGUGGAGGAUCUUUUUUAAGAUAAAUGAAUGGGUCAAGUAAGUAAGACCAAUACGGGCACGACACAAGACUAUUCCAUCCU